GAUGGACUGAUAGGGUUUGAUCAAUGGGACAAGAGAGCCACUAAGGUGAAGGGACAUGACUUCAUUGGUGGAGCCAACAAGCUUGCCUCCGACAAAGACAGCUGGAACCGCCGUGGAACAGCCGAGCCGGAGAAGAGCCUUCUCGAUCUCACGGCAGUCCGGGUCGUUGUCGAUCUCGUGGAUGGUUGGUUGAACCCUAAGGUCACGGAACAGGAUUUGAACGGCGUAGCAGAGACAACAUGA